UGUAUUACGUACGACGAUGUACGAACUGAGGAACGGACGAUAAUCGAGCCUUGGCUCGCUAACAAGUAUCGGCAAUGCUUACAAUUAGUAUCGUUUAGCGGGAACAAUCUAAAUUUUCGAAUCGUUUCGGCAAAUAUGUAUAUUCCGGGCAGUCUCGCGAGCAAAGCAUGAUGCAGACGUCAUUAUCGGUUUACGGUCCACGUCCAACACUCGCCCGUUCUUACCCUUUAAGAGAUCGUCCUAUAAAGUCUGCCUAAAAACAGUCUGAUAUAAUCAUGCGAAAUCCACUGGUACGAUCUUAUAAAAAUCUAUGCGAUAUCAUUGAAAAUUCAGCGUUCCUCUUGCCGAUUGUCAUUCGACUUUAUCGAAAAUCGACGAAAUCUCAUGAAUUUCGUAAGGAACGAUACUUUUUACUCUUCCAUAACUCUCGACUUGAGAAAGACAAAUCAUAUUCGAUUUUGUGAUCUACCUCUUUAUGGGAAAAAGUCGAUCGUAUUUAUGUGUAUCGUAACAGCGAGAAUAACUCGUACUAUUUAGCUUAAGAGCAACGAUUUUCACGUUUCGUUCGGUGCACAAAUUAAAAGGAUGCCGCCAUUAUCGAUAACUCAUUAGGACGAUACUCUCUCGACCGAAUGAAAUUUAUAAUUUCGAGAAACGACCGAAACGUUACACGCGUUUGUCCAAUCGAGAGUUAUCGAUUAUCUCUGCUUCUGCUAAAUAUUCCGGUAAAACGAAUGCGUUUAAAAUAUAUGUAUAUCGCUUCAUUCUUCGUUUUACAAAGUGCUAAUAAAAUGUGCAAGUAAAACGAAACUUCAUUCGCCGGUGGAAGGAAUCAUCGGUGCGAGUACGAUCGAAACGGUCAAAGAAGAAGUAAGACUUGUCCUCUGGCUUUUUAUUUCAUUCGUAUUUCUUUCAUUACUCCUUCCGAAUAAGAUCCUUCGAUUUUUUCCAAAGAUAACGAGUAAGCAAAGUUAUAACGUCGGAAUAGAAACGGUUUCCUUAAUUUUCGCAAAGAGAAUUGUGCGCGAUCGUCCUUUCCCGCUUUCCGCAGCAGAAACAAACUAGGCUACGCGUCUAUAAUGCUCGUUUCAUUUCGCUCCGUGACGCGUUUCUGAUGAUAACGUCACAGUUUCCAGGAUCCUUUCAGAGCGAUUUAAACAAAAGUUUGUCAGUUUAACGCCGACACAAUCGACUAGUUUUACACGCCGUGCAAAUUAUCAUCGAUAAACCAACCUUCUCUUGUAUUUCGUUAACGUAAAGAGAUAUACUUAAAAAGGAAAAAAAAAAAGAAAAAAAAAAAAAAAAAAAAAAAAAAAAGAAAAUAACGUUUUACGUUCGCGCACACUCGAUUUAUAUUUCGAGAGAAACGAUUAAGAGCGUGACUUCGAAAUAGAGGACAAAAAGGACGAAUAAGAGGAAAAAAGAAAAGGAGAAGAAGAAGAGAAAGUAGUUGGCCUCCCUGCUAAAAAUUCAAACUCGCGAAUUUACUAGAGAAUAAAUUUCCAAGUUUCAGUCAGAAGGCGAAUCCUCUCUGGCCUCAUCCAAGCACGGCCAACCUGAAAAGUUUGACGCAUUGUCGGUGAAUAAUCGGAAGCGAUUGUCGCGCCACCUUCGAAUAAAGAAAAGAGAGGGCGGGGGAGGUGAGAGAGAGCUUGAAAAGGGGAGAAUUUUAAACGCGUUUCUUUCCUUCUCGCAUCCGUGCGUAAAUAUUAAUCCGUAACUCAUUUUAUCUAAGCAAAUGGCUAACGUUGCAAAUUCUGAAUUUAAGGAACCAACGGGAGUUGUGUCUAACCCGAUGACGAUCACCACGGAAAUAGAGAACAACAAGUAUUUGCCUUCCUCUCAUGGAAGAAACAACGGUCCAAGAAGAGAAAGCAACGGAUUUAACGCCGUCAUCCAUCACAAACGAGGCCUCCUAGGAGCGCUUAUUUCUGGAAUAGGCAGUAAUAUGUCGUUGCCUUCUUGUAUGCCGCACGAUCAGGAUUUCAUGCAAGGACACGCCCCGAGCGUAGGACUACCGAUAUCCCUCCGUACGAAUCCAAAACACGUAGAUCAGUAUCAGUCCGACGAUGAUCGUCGAAAGUUGCGAACAAAUUAUUUACAAUUAACGCCAGUCAAUACGGCUUGCGCGUCUUUGAACGCUCUCGACGUCGAUAAAGCAAAAGCACCAAUCUUGAAAGUCACGCAAUCUACGACGCACGAAUCAAAACAUAAACAUCCGAGAGAACUGGUAUCCACCGUAAGCAUGCUUUACGCCAAAUUGUUGAUAGUGAUAGGAUUCGCAUUGCCAGUUACAGCCAGCAUCAGUCAUAAAGUACCGAUUGCUUUGAAUCAGGGGUUUUAUUUAUACCUCUACCUUGGAAGCGUUACUUUCGUGAUCACCAUGUACGCCAGCAUGCUGAAAGACAAAGCUGUAAAAAAGCUGAUACUGCAAGGCAAAAGACAGGAAGAGACCUUUACCUUUGAUGAAAAGGGUACACGUGUUCACACUACCCAGGCACAACAAUAUGGAAGCUUUUGUUUGAGAUUCGGCGCUGUAGGAUUUGGUGCCGGUUCAUUGGUAUUUACCGGAUUGCAAAUUGGGGCGGAAAUAGCUUCCGGGCCAUUCAGGGCGAUUACACCAGCCGCUAGAUUACUCCUGAUCACAGCUCAAAUGCACUUUAUAUUCCUUAACAGUAAAAAUCUUGAAUUUGUGAGACUCGGAGCACUCGCAAAAUUAGGUCUGAUGCAUAUGAUCGCGACGAAUCUUUGCGAGUGGCUUCAGGCUCUCAUCGAGGAAACACACAACGAGAUCGAUCAAUUGGGCCACGCAUACGAGGGCGACGAAGGGAUUCUGAAAUCGCUUUUAAGCGACGCAAGUCCUUUUCUCUUCCCUUGCACGAUCGAGUUCAGUUUGAUAUGCUCGGUAAUACUUUUCGAAAUGUGGAAGAGAACGGACGAAAGAACCGAAACGAAGAGUGAAAAUUCGGCAAGAUCGAUGCAUAGACUUAGUAUCGAUUGCACCAGUGCUCAUAGAGGCCUCUUUGGUGGAAUACUUUUAGUAGCUGCUACAAUUUUAAGUUUGAUCAUGUUUUUCGUUCUGAAAGAAGCAAAGCACAAGAUGGCGAUACAACAAGUUACUGCCCUAGAAGCCGCGAUCUUAUCCUUAGGUGUAGCCGCUUCGAUAUCCGGUGCUUGGAAGAUUCAAAAUUUAGAGGAAAAAGUAUCGUCGAAAGCGCCACGACUAGAUUCGACCCUUUUGACGGCAGCUCAGGCUGGAAUUUAUCUGCACUGUCUUUUUGGAAUAGUCGGUAGCCUCUUAACCAUGGGUCCGAUGUGGGUGCUGUCGUUAAUUACGGAUUUCUUAGCUUUGUUGCAGAGCACCUGUCAAACUUUACUCGUUAAAAUCGCAUGGCGACGGCGUUGUACCACUGGAAAGGAGAAACCGGGCAAGGAACUGAUCACGUUCCUCAUCGUCGUGAAUAUAGCUCUAUGGACGGUAAAUACCUUGGAGAAGUCUCGUGCAGGUGUACGACCGGAUCAUCUUCGUUUGUUUGGUGUCUGGGCUUGGACCAUUAUUACCCAUGUCUCCAUGCCGCUCGCUAUCUUUUAUCGAUUCCAUUCCGCUAUUUGUCUCUUCGAGGUGUGGAAGAGUUGCUACAAGUACAGACCGUACAACGAAAACGCUCGUACACUCUGUUGAAAAGCUAUCGAUUCUCUAUCUAUAACGUAGUCGCUAGCAAAUAUUUUCUACUACGUAUUAAAUUGAAAAUAUCUUCGGUGUAAAAAGAAAGAAAUUUAUUUCCCUUUAACAGUAAGAAACCUCUCUACUUUCUUUCUAACCUUUCCGAAUAAAAUAAAAACAGGUUCGUCGAUCAUUCGCGAUCUUAAACCGUAGCAGAGUUCGAAGCUUUUAAUGUAAAAUGUAAAAAUAUUAUUGCGCGAGUUCGAGCAAACGCAUUUCCAUUGUGCUUUCUCUCCCCCUCGCAGAACAACUUCUCGUUCCUUCCCGUGAAAAGUCAGCCAUGGAUGAAAGGGAACGGGGCGAGCCGCAAUUUCGAAGAUCGCGUCCACUGAAAUAGAAGAAGAGAGAAGGGAAGGAGUUUGGCCCUCUUUUGAAAAAGUCGAGACGACGAAGAAAAGUAAGAGAGUGGAAAGGCUCGAUGAGAAUGAGAUAAAAAGAGAAGGAUAGCAAUGGUUCGAAAUUGACGGAAGGCCGACCUUAGUAGGUUUUAUCGAUGUGCUCGAGAAAAAAGGGACGAAGGACGAUAGCGUCGUAGGAGGUUGCGAACGAUGGCGAACGUCGACAUUUUGAUACGGUUUACGCCGUAAACACAUUUCGGUAGCAAUCACGUCACGAAGGGAGCAAGUCGGUCCGAGAGCAAGAGAAGUAGCCGAUGCUCGCUAACUCGGAGAGAGACGAGGAGAGAGCGAGUGUGCCCGGUGAAGAGCUCUUAGCCAACCCUUUGUGUUGCUCCUAGCACCUCUGCCUCUCUGGCCCUGAAGAGGGCGACCCGGCUUCUCUCGGCCAAAGCCCUCUGAUUUACUUAGCCCAUCGAGUGCUCUCGGACUCGUCCGCCCAAGAAUACUGUAUAUGCGCUUCUACUGCAAACUACGCUUCUCCGUGCCGUCGUUCUACCGUGCUACCGCUUUCGACGAAUUUCGACCUUGUACGAGUACGUCUUCUCGGCUACCUUAUAAACUAACCUACAUAAAUUAACUAUUUCUCUCUCUCUCUCUCUCCCUCUCUCUCUCCCCCCCCCCCUCCCUCUUCCUUGCACCGAGUAUACAUUCAGGUAGCAUCUCCAUUAGUACCUCCCAUUAGAGAUUUCCUUCUCCCUCUUGGCCCUUCGUGCCAAGAUUUUAUUCGGCUCGAUCUAUAUCUAACGUUGCUCUUUCGAGCACGGUUGAUUCGGAUUUCGGUCGAGUCCUGGUCAAGGGUUCGUUUGAAGAAAACGAAAAGUAGCUGUCCGAGAAAAGUCGGAAAUCGUUCGAAUUCGUUAGUGGUCCGCUAAAGAACUCGAAAAGCGACGUUGUAGAAGGGUCGUUCGAGUGUCCUUCCC